AUGAGAUGUUCUCUACUGGCUCUACAGCUGAUGAAGGUGGUUAAUGAGAUGUGCCCCAACAUCACAAGGAUCUACAACAUCGGCAGGAGCCACAGCGGACAGAAACUCUACGCCAUCGAGAUCUCAGACAACCCCGGAGAGCAUGAACGAGGUGAACCAGAGUUUCGCUACACGGCCGGUUCCCAUGGUAACGAGGUGCUGGGCCGAGAGCUGCUCCUGCUGCUGAUACAGUUCAUGUGUCAGGAGUACCUGUCGGGUAACCCACGGAUACGUCACCUGGUGCACGAGACCAGGAUACACCUGCUCCCCUCCGUCAACCCCGACGGGUACGACAAAGCCUUUGAAGUGGGUUCAGAGCUGAGUGGCUGGUCCCUGGGUCGGUGGAGUCAGGACGGAGUAGACAUCCACCAUAACUUCCCUGACCUCAACUCCAUCCUGUGGGAGGCUGAAACAAAGAAAUUGAUCCCCAGAAAGAUGCUCAACCACCAUGUGCCAAUCCCCGAAUGGUACCAGUCCAAGAACUCCACGGUAGCAGCAGAGACGCGUGCGCUGGUCUCCUGGAUGGAGAAGAUCCCGUUCGUCCUGGGUGGUAACCUCCAGGGAGGGGAGUUGGUGGUGACCUUCCCCUAUGACAGGACCCGUUCCCAGGGUGUAGCCAGGGAGCAGACCCCCACCCCAGACGACCAUGUCUUCCGCUGGCUCGCCUUCUACGCAUCCACCCACCGCCUGAUGACCGACGCCAGCCGACGCGUCUGCCACACCGAGGACUUUGCCAAGGAGGAUGGCACCAUCAACGGGGCAUCCUGGCACACCGCAGCAGGGAGUAUGAAUGAUUUCAGCUACUUGCACACCAACUGCUUUGAGCUGUCGAUGUACGUGGGCUGUGACAAAUUCCCCCAUGAGAGCGAGCUGGCGGAGGAGUGGGAAAACAACCGGGAAUCUCUGCUCGUCUUCAUGGAGCAGGUGCAUCGUGGGAUCAAAGGCGUUGUCCGGGACAUGCAGGGGCGGGGCAUAGCCAACGCCAUCAUCCAGGUGGAGGGUAUUGGCCAUGACAUCAGAACAGGUAGAGAUACAUACUAA